AUGGACGCAGACUCCAAGCACUCAAAACAAUCCACCGAACUCCACGAAAUCCGCAAGAGCCUCGACAACGCCAAAACCGUUGCCCUCAAGGAUGGUAACCACGAACAAGCCGCCUUCUUCGAAACUUUCGCCACAAAGGACGCAGAAUGGGUCUCAUACCAGAACAAAAAGCUCCUCCGCAAAGUCGACAUGCAUCUCCUCCCCAUGCUGAUCCUCAUGUACCUCUUCAACUUCCUCGAUCGUUCAAACUUAGCACAAGCGCGAGAGGGCACGUUGGAAGCUGAUCUGGGGAUGAAGGGGACGGAUUUCAAUCUGGCCACGAGCAUUUUCUUCAUUGGGUAUCUGUUGAUGCAGUUGCCGAGUAAUAUGUUGAUUAUACGCGUAAGGCCGAGCUUGUAUUUGGCGGGCGUGACGACGCUGUGGGGCGUUGUGUCGACUUGUAAUGCGGCGACGCAUAAUUUUACUGGUCUAGUCGUGGUACGAUUCUUCCUCGGUUUCGUGGAAGCGCCCUUCUUCCCUGGCGUCAUCUUCCUGAUGUCCUCAUGGUACACCCGAGCAGAAUUGACCCGAAGAGUGGCCUGGUUCUACUCAGGUAGCUCCCUGGCCAACAUGUUCGGUGGACUUCUCGCUGCAGGCAUUCUCGGCAAUCUCCACGAUGCCAUGGGUCUCAGCGGCUGGCGCUGGCUGUUCAUAAUCGAAGGCACCAUUACCAUCUUCUUCGGUCUGUGUGCUGGCUUCCUCCUCCCGGACUACCCAUCAACGACCCGCUGGCUUACACAGGAGGAGCGCGCGUUUGCGGCAUGGCGUCUCUACAGCGAUAUCAAUGAGUCGGACGAUACGCAUUCGGCGGGUGUCUGGGAUGGCAUCAAGCUCGCUCUGCAGGAUUACAGGUUGUACCUCUUCACUUUGCUGCAGCAUAUGAGCUUGCUGUCUCAGACCUUCCAAUACUUCUUCCCCUCCAUCGUUCAGACGCUCGGGUAUGGUAAUAUUGCAACUCUACUCCUCACGGUGCCGGUCUGGUUCGCUACAUUCUUGACAUCCAUCAUCGUCACGCUCACGGCCUCCAAAACGCAAGACCGCUCCCUCCACAUCGCCAUCCUAAUGCUCCUCGCCGCAAUCGGCAACGCAAUCGUCACCGCCACCACCUCCGUUGGCGCCCGCUUCUUCGCAAUGUUCCUCAUGCCCAUGGGCGCCGUCUCCGCCUUCGUCGUCAUCGUCCCCUGGAUCGCCAACUCCUUCCCUCGUCCCUUGGUGAAACGCUCCGCAUGCGUGGCGAUCGCGAAUAUGAUUGGCAAUACGGCGAGUGCGUAUGGGAGUUAUAUGUAUCCGUCGAGCGCGGCGCCACAGUAUGUACCCGGUGGCAGUGCAAAUGCGGUGAUUUGCUUGGGGGUUGCGGCGUUGGCGCUUAGUUUGAGGUGGGUCCAUAAGAGGGGGAAUAGAAGGCUUGAGGUGGUGGAGGAGGUGGUGGAGUAUAGUCGUGGAAGUGGUGGGGAGGGAGGGGAGGGGAGGAGGGUGGGGUUGAGGUAUGUUUACUAA